AUGGAUCCACAAGAAUUUCUGCUGGCCAAAAACGAUUUCGAUCUGGAAAACUUCCGGAUCCGGUUGAUCGAGUGCAUUUGCGAGCUUCAAUCGCGACGGAAUGAAGUUACGUUGCUCAAAUCAAAUCUGGACGAAUCGACCCGCGCAAAGACCACGCUGCAGGAUGAUUUGAAAACGUUCGAGCGGGAGAACGCCGACCUGCGGGAUCAGCUGAAGAUUACGCUGGACGCGUUGAACCAGAAAGAUUCCAUCAAAACGGGCCUUCUGGAGAAUGCCGCCCGGCAGAACGUCCAGCUGGAGGCGAUGACCAAUGAACACGAGCGGUUGAACGCCAAGCUGCAGGCGUCCCAGGUGAAGAUUAUGGAGCUGUCGCGGGACAAUAACAAGCUGCAGGAUCAACUAAAGGUGCAGCAGACGGCUCGGAAUCAACCGGCGGCGACGGAUGGUGCCGAAAAGAUUUGGAAGGCGAUGGACACACUGAAUGGUCAUUUGCAGAAACUAGAAGAGGAGCACAAGGUUCUGAAGCAAACGGCGGAAUCGUCGACUAAAAUUGCCGAAGAGGCGGUGCUCUCUGUUGCCAACAGUAAGGCCGCACUGGAGCAGGUUCAGGUGGAAAAUGAUUCGAUGAAGAAGCAAAUUCUGAACCUGGAAUCAAAGAUACUUGCACUAAAAUCAAAUAGCGAUAUCGAGGAAACGAGCGGCCAAAACUCUUAUUCAAAGUUCGAAGAUCAAAUGAAAAUCUUGACGGAUCAGCUCGACUGCGAACGAGAAACCAACAACAAGUUGAGGAACGACAUCGCCGCCCUGUUGCUGCUGCAGGAAAGUCUCGUCAAAUCCGGAUCUACGAUCGAGAUUGGUGAAGCUGAUCAAACCUCACAGAAGCCCACGAUGAUCGAUGGAGGAGCUGGAGAGGAAGCGAAGCCGAUGGAUGUCAACUGAAUUAAGUCGUAGAGAGGUGUGAGCAAGGUUUGUUGCAAAUAAAUUUUAUUCUUCAUCUUCGGAUUAAUAGUACAAAUUUGGUCGAAGCGGCUUACGGGGGAGUACGCACUCCGUUCAACGCGUUGUGUAUUGGAUUCUCUAGUAAAAAUCUCGAUAAGCAGUAAUUUUUGUUUCUUUUUUUUCGUUCGAUAGAAUUUUUACCUCUCUUUGUCUACAGUUACAUUUGUUCGUUUUUUAGAAAACUCAAAAUCUGCUCAACGAUUGAUAAAUAUUUGUUGGAAUCCACUUCUAUCUGUUUGAACACUUUUCAUAUUUUUUUUACUUUGUUCCGAAAGGAUUCUGGCAAACAAAAGUGUUAAACUAUUUAUCUUCGAACGUUUCGGUCAAUCCCUGGCAGGAGUUCUUUCCUUAACAACACUGCUAGCUGCGGAACGCUUGGCGUUAAUUUUCUUUUAUGUUUAGUGGUUUGAAUUUUGUUGUCAAGUUUUAUUUGUUGUUCGAUUUUUCGUCUCUAUCAUCGCUACUGUUUGGUUUAUUCUCUCUUUCUGGAUUUUUUUUGGGUUGUGUGUAAUUGUGUGUUCGGUUUGUUUCAUUUAGAUUUCCGUUAAGUUAUCAAAUGGCUAUCAUUUUAUUGUCCACAUUUAAAGCUACAUUUGUUUUUUGGAGUUUUCAGUGAAUUCUGGGUGUUUUCUCUAUGUUGUUUUAUAUCAUUCUAUUUCUUUGUUUUUUUUUGUUUCGCUAAAACGUUUAGAAUUAUUUAUUUGGAACAAAUUGUUAGUUGAAAUGCAUUGAUAUGAAAAAAAUAUAUUUGUAGACCGUAAAUUCAAAUAGAUUGUGAAUAAGAAACCUAACAAAUAUGUGUGACAUAAAAAUAUAACAAAAAAAAACUGAAUAAAACUCACGGUCAAACAGUUGUUUCCUCUCUUUUUUUUCUUAUUGCUCCAAAGCAGCGAGAGAUAAAUCGUCAGCAAAAGAAUUUUCUCCGAGUUCGCGCUCUGAGAGAGAACGAGCCUCUCUUAUUUUUUUUUUUGCGAUAGGUAGGGGAACAGCAUCUAAUUCCAGCGUGCCUCUAAUGUUGGCAGGUCAGAACUUUGAUAUUCAAUUAAAGCAAGUUAAAAUCGUUUUCAAAUGAAAUCGAGUGAUAAAUAGCUCAAUAAGAAGUGAGCAAGCAAGUUUCUAUUAAAAGUUUUGCAAAAUUAGUUGUUUAAAUAGUGAAAAUCAGCAAAUUGGAUGGAGUUAGGAGCGAAUGCUUAACCUGCCAAACAUACGAGAAUUUCCCCUAUUUGGUAUUUGUUUAUACUCGUAGGUGAAACGUCAGACGUUGUUAAACGUACCGUUACAUAACCAAAGUUUGUAAACAAUAAUGAUUUGUGCACCUUUUAGAGAGAUCGGGAAUCAUUUAUUUUUACAGCUCAUCACCUUCAGCGGUGUGAAAAGAGAAGAGUGAAAUUUUGAGGUACUUCGGUCACU